AAGCCAAAGUGCACACUUGAUCCGGUCAAUAAUGCUGAAUAUUUGCGAGAAAUCUACGAGAAAGCAGAACCAGGGUAUUCUGGUUCUAUUACUGUUCCGUGUUUGUGGGACAAAAAGACUGGAACGAUCGUGAAUAAUGAAUCCUCUGAAAUCAUACGCAUGUUUAACAACAGCUUCCAAGACUUUUGCCAGACAGAUGAACAACGAAAAGUAGACCUAUACCCAGAAAACUUGCGUGAAGAAAUCGAGCAGCUGAAUAGCUGGAUUUACCCAAACAUCAACAAUGGUGUCUAUCGUGCAGGUUUCGCUACCACCCAAGAGGCAUAUGAUGAAGCGGUUAGACAAGUAUUUGUACAUCUGGAUAAGGUUGAGGAGAUUCUUCGUGGAAAACGCUACCUAACUGGAAACACAUUCACUGAAGCUGACGUUAGACUCUUCACUACUCUUGUGCGCUUUGAUACCGUUUAUGUUGGCCACUUCAAGUGCAACAAGAAACGUAUUGUUGAUUACCCAAGCAUUUGGGGAUAUGUACGGGAUAUCUACCAGUCAUAUGGUAUUGCAGAGACUGUUGAUCAGGAGCACAUCCAGAAGCAUUACCAGGGCAGCCACAAGAAAAUCAACCCACUCGGUAUUAUUGCUAUUGGCCCAGACUUGGACUUCGACUCUCCCCACGGAAGAGAGGCACUCAGUAUCUAGAUUUACUGAUGUCAGCAAAAGCUGCCAUUAAGAAUUUAUGAUCCUUCUAAAUUUUAAUUGUAUGGUUUAUCGUAUGUAUUUUCAAAACACAGUUACCUCUAGUCAUGUUUUUUAUCUUAUAAUAGUAAUGAAUAGUAUAAAUGUAUGAUUCUGGGUUAUCUUUUAUAGUUUAGAAUAGGUUUAGGGGAUAGUUAAAGGAAACGAAGAAACUACUGUAUUUUACUGUAUUUUUCUGGUAUCAGUGUUUAGUUGCACCACUAAUAUUUCAAUAAGCCAAUAUUAGAUACUGUAUCACGUAAGUAAUUCUUUUACUAAUCCUGGUUGAAAUACUUGAGGUUUAUUAGAGCUUCAAUUCAUUAGCAUUUGGUUAAAUUUGAAUUCAAUUAUUUAGACAAAAUUAACUUUGAUUAGAAUUUGUCUAUUUGCCUAAUGACAGCUUAAACCUUGUUUCUUGUUUUCUUGUUUCUUGUUUCACUAUGAUGAUGGCUUUUGCCCAACUGUGCACUGCGUAAUGAAACGCUACUGUCACGAACAGAUGCAGCCAUCCCCUGCAGUUUCCUCUGUGUGGGCAGUAUGUGUAGGCCUAUCACCUAUCUAUUUAUAUAAUACUGUAUAUUGCACUUUGAAUUGUAUAAUUUACAUUUACUUCGUCAAGAACAUAAAUGAAAAAGCCAAUUACAUUGUGCCUAAUUAUUCCCUAGGAAUAGUGAAGUAAUUAGGUAGAAUUAUUAUUAUUAUUUUGUAAUGAUGUUGUUUGUACAGUUUUUUUAAUUUUAUUAAAGAGGGCCCCUAAAUAACAGUUAACCUACUGGGCUAACCUGGAAGGAUUACCCUAUUUAAUGAUGGUUGAAAUAAAAAAUUUAAAAAAAUAUAAAAGAA